AUGACCGAGACCUACAAGAAGCGUAAGUUCGUGGCAAAUGGUGAUAGUGCUCCUAAAGUCUCGAGAUCAAAGGUUUUGUCACCUUUCAGGAUUGUAGGUAACGUUUCCAAUGGUGUGCCAUUUGCAGUAGGCACUUUGGGUACAACGUUCUACAUCGUUACAAGCGUGGGCAAGAGCUUCCAAAUAUACGACGCCAACACUCUUCAUUUACUGUUUGUAAGUGAACAUGAGACUGAUUCAGCAAUAACCUGUUUAGCAACGCAUUUUCAACAUGUAUUUGCCGGCUUCGGGAAUAAAGUAGGCAUUUACAGAAGAGGGCGACUCGAGCACUUUAUUGAGCUACCAGACUCAGAUGCUGUCGUCACCAAUAUCUGCAUCUUUGGAGAUUUCUUGUGCGUUUCUUCCGACAGAACAGUUUACGUCUAUAAGAGAAAUCCACAGGACAAAUUCGCCACAAUUUUCUACACUAAGAUCGCCAUUUCAAAGCUACAAGGCUCCGAGAUUGUGUGCUUAAUCCAUCUGCCCACCUACCUCAACAAGGUUAUUGUUGUGACCAAGUCGAAUUUGCUACUUUACAACGUCAAAUCAGGUAAGCUACUUUUCACGUCAGAUGAAUUUUCGGACACAAUUACAACUGCUGAAGCUGCUCCAGCUUUGGAUGUGCUUGGUUUGGGCUGUGCAUCUGGCGAAAUUAUUCUCUACAAUGUGAGAAAGGCUCGUAAAGUGCGCUCUAUCAAAACACCUGUCUAUGUGUCUUCGUUGUCUUUCAGAACUGACGGCUCCGCUCAUUUGGCCGUAGGUGCUUCCAAUGGUGACUUGAUCUUUUACGAUUUGGAUCGCCGGUCUCGUAUACACGUUUUGAGAAACGUCCAUGGGGAGCAUUUUGGUGGCAUAUCAAAAGUUAGUUUCUUGAACGGCCAACCCAUUGUUGUUACUUCUGGUGACGACAACCAGUUGAAAGAAUAUGUUUUUGAUCCUUCGUUGUCACAAGGAGAUGCGGAAACUGUUGUGCAACCUCCUCGCUUUUUGAGAUCUAGAGGCGGUCACUCUCAACCCCCGACGUCAAUUUUAUUCGCAGACAAUCAGUCGCAUUUCAUUCUCUCGGCGUCGAGUGAUAGAUCUUUGUGGGGAUUCUCAUUGCGUAAAGAUGCUCAAUCUCAGGAGCUGUCGCAGAGACUUCAUAAGAAGAAAGAUGGCGGUCGGCUAGCAGGUAACACGCUCAAAGAGAAGUUUCCUGAAAUCUUAUCAAUGUCCAUUGAAAAUGCUAGGCAAGGAGAAUGGGAAAAUGUCGUGACCGCACACAAGGACGAGCACUUUGCUAGGACUUGGAACCUUGCUACCAAAAGGGUCGGUAGAUGGACAUUGGCCACCAUUGAUGAUGGUUUGGCUAAGAGUGUUGCCAUAUCUUCCUGUGGCAAUUUUGGUUUCGUGGGUUCCUCCAACGGUGGUAUUGGUGUCUACAAUUUAGAAAGUGGCUUACCUCGUAAGAAGUACAGAUUGCACAAAAAGGCAGUUACCGGGAUUGCUGUUGAUGGAAUGAACAGGAAAAUGGUGUCGUGCGGAUUGGACGGUAUUGUCGGCUUCUACGACUUUAGCAAAUCGGCAUUUUUGGGAAAGCUGCAACUUGAUGCACCUAUCACAUCCAUGGUAUAUCACAGAUCUUCUGAUUUAUUUGCUCUUGCCUUAGAUGACUUUUCUAUUAUUGUUGUCGAUGCUGUUACUCAGAAGGUUGUUAGACAGUUGUGGGGACAUACAAACAGAAUUAGCUCAUUUGAUUUCUCUCCUGAUGGGCGCUGGAUUGUCUCAACAUCUCUAGAUGCCUCCAUCAGAACAUGGGAUCUGCCAACCGGUACUUGUAUCGACGGCGUUCGGCUUGACAGCGUUGCCUCGAACAUCAAGUUUUCACCUAAUGGUGACUUCGUGGCCACAACCCACGUAAUUGGCAACGGUAUCUCUAUCUGGACUAACCGUGCACAGUUCAAACCAUUGCCUACGCGCCAAAUUGAUGAAGAGGAGUUCGCACAGAUAUCAUUAUCUUCUUCAUUCGGGAAUUCUGGUACAUCUGUGCUUGACGGUGCCUUUGAGUCCAACGAUACAGAUGAAAGUGAAGUAGGUGAUAUUGGUCAUUACAAAUCUGUCGACCAGAUCAACGGUGACAUGAUAACACUCUCUUUAGGGCCAAGAAACAAAUUCAAGACCCUCUUGAAUUUGGAUGUAAUAAGACAACGUUCGAAACCUGUUGAACCACCCAAAAAACCUGAAAAGGCUCCUUUCUUCUUGAAAUUGUCCGGAGAGAAAGUGGGGGAUGAUGCAGUUGUCCGAGAAAAAAAUGAACAGUUUAAUGGGGAAGACGGCCAAGCUCAACAGGAGAUAGAGAAAAAGUCUACUGAAGCAGAAGAACAAAUCAGGAAACACAAGCCUAUCGCGACGGCAUUUGAGUCAAGAUUUACAAGGCUCCUAAGAGAAGGACACUCGAAGCAGGAUUAUACUUCAUUUUUAGAUGAGUUGGUGAAUCUUUCUCCAGCAUCGGUUGAUAUGGAAAUCAGAUCUCUGAAUUCUUUUGAACCAUUUGAAGAGUUGAUCUGGUUCUUAGAAGCUCUUACUGAAGGAUUACGCUCCAAUAAAAAUUUCGAAUUAUACGAAGCGUUCAUGAGUUUGUUGCUGAAGGCACACGGAGAUGUAAUCCAUGCCAAUAGCGAUAACACUGAUCUAUCUGCCGCACUCAAAAUGUGGGGUGCCACUCAUACACAUGAUAAAAAGAUAGACGAAAUUGUCAAAUUUUGUUCCAGCGUAGCUAACUUUGUGUCAUCUGCUUAA